GAAAAAAAAUAUGGCACCACAAUCUGGGAAUGUUGAGGCAUCAGUUGAACCUUCAAUAGAGUCAUUAAAAAAUGAAGAAUCAUCAAAAUAUGAAGACAAAGGAACUCAACUAAUUCACACAACUUCCGAAGAGCCUCCAUCAUUUUCAACAACUCAAACUGGUGUAAUUGAUGCGAUUGAAAAGAAAGCGGAAGAAGCUGCAGGCAUUAUAAAGGACAAAACCGGAAUACCUACAUGGGGAGUAGUAGGCAUAUUCAUUCUAAUAGCGGCUCUAAUUCUUGGAGUAUGUUUCUUUUGUAUACGAAGAUUUUUCAGAAAAAGACGGGGCAAAGAUGGUAAAAAAGGUAAAGGAGUUGAUAUGAAAUCUGUUCAAUUGCUAGGAUCAGCCUACAAAGAAAAAGUACAGCCGGAUAUGGAGGAACUGACAGAAAACGCUGAAGAAGGUGACGCAGAAAGUAAACAAAGUGAACAAAAGUUGGGAAAACUUAAUUUCAAGCUUGAAUACGAUUUCAACAAUAACAGUCUCUCUGUGACAGUCAUACAAGCAGAAGAGUUACCAGCGUUGGACAUGGGUGGCACAUCUGAUCCAUAUGUCAAAGUUUAUUUAUUACCCGAUAAAAAAAAGAAAUUUGAAACAAAAGUGCAUCGGAAAACUUUAAGUCCUGUCUUCAACGAAACUUUUACCUUUAAAAAUUUACCAUAUGCGGAAGCCAUGAACAAAACAUUAGUUUUUGCUAUAUUCGAUUUCGAUAGAUUUUCUAAACACGAUCAGAUUGGAGAAGUAAAAGUGCCAUUAUGCACAAUCGACUUAGCGCAAACUAUCGAGGAAUGGCGCGAACUUGUCAGUGUUGAAGGAGAAGGUGGACAGGUAAUUGAAAAAGUUUUGAAAAACAAUUUAAUUUUUAUUAUAUUUCCUAUUACAUAUGUAUAAACAGAAUUUACCCCU